UAUUGUUGAUUUACGGAAGUCAGACCAAACCGGCGCUUUUGGCGCCCGUUCCCCUUUUCCGUUGGUGACGCAGAUCCAUUGCUCCACUGUAAUUCUGUGCUCGAUUUGCCUGGUGCUCAAUUUUUAGGAUGUUGUAGAAAAGGGUAGUGGCGGCUGGUUCUACAUGGGUGACUGCAUGAGUAGCUGCUUGUGGAAAACGUCUCUAAUAUGAUACUGUCUUCUCUAUAGUGAGAGUGCUGAAGAAGCUGAUGUUGCAGACAGCUGGGAAGAGGCUGCAGAUUCUGGAGACCUGACCCAACUCCCAAGCACCGUGCAGGAGGAUCAAGAGCUGUAGCAAAGCCACGGGCUCAGGGGGCUCACCCAGACGCCAGCACGCAGGACCGCCGCGGCUGAUCGGGACAGCUUCGGAUCCCAUCACGCGAGGUCGCCAGGGUUGGCUGGGCGGGGCCAGACGCCAGGACUGAGGGUCACUGAGGCCAAGGGAGCCCGGGCUGUAGCUAGGUCGUGUAGUCGGACGGCCAUGUCUAAGCGCAAGGGCGUGAGCGCCGAGGAGAAGCGGACCCGGAUGCUGGACCUGCUGUACGAGAAGCAGGACUUCUUCCAGCUGAAGGAGCUGGAGCGGCUCGGUCCGAAGGAGAAGGGCGUCGUGUCGCAGUCGGUGAAGGAGGUGAUCCAGGGCCUGGUGGACGAUGGUCUUGUCGACACGGACAAGAUCGGCACAUCCGUCUACUUUUGGGCGUUUCCCAGCAAGGGCGCUGGCGUGCGCCAGCAUAAGCUGGCCGGGCUGGAAGAGCAGCUGGCGCAGCUGCGGCAGAAGCGGCACACCGUUGAGGCCCAACUGGCGGAGGCGGCCGUGGGCAGGGAGGAGGACGACGAGCGUGGCCAGCUGCUGAAGGAUCUGGCCGGCCGCCGCCAGGAGCGAGCACGGCUCGACGCCGAGAUUGCCAAGUACAAGGACUGCGACCCCGAGGCGCUGGAGGCCAUGCGGCAGCAGUCGCGCAUCGCUAUCGAGGCGGCUAACCGCUGGACCGACAACAUCUUCAACAUCAAGUCCUGGUGCAAGCGCAAGUUCAGCAUGGAGGAGGCAACGAUCGAUAAGCAAUUUGGGAUUCCGGACAGUUUCGACUACUUGGAGUAGUGCGCCAGGACAAGCGCGGAGUCAUUGUCGAGCGCGAACUUCGCGUUGGCGUGCAUUCGAGGCGAGGGUCUCACUUCAACGUUCAGUGAUAGAAAGGACUGAACUGUUAGGCUAGUUGUAAUGUACAUAUUUGUUCACAGGCAAUAAACCAUUCCUUUUGCAUUG